AUGUAUUUAGCUAUAAUUACUUUACCUUUAUUAGGAUCAAUAGUUUCCGGAUUUUUUGGUAGAAAAGUCGGUGUUAGCGGAGCGCAAUUAAUUACAUGUACAUGUGUAAUUGUUACAACUUUAUUAGCCAUGGUUGCCUUUUUUGAAGUAGGUUUAAAUAACAUACCUGUCUCAAUAAACCUAUUUAGAUGAAUAGAUAGUGAAUCUCUAAACGUUUCAUGAGGUUUCCAUUUUGAUAGUUUAACUGUAGCUAUGUUGAUACCAGUUUUAAUAGUUAGUUCUUUAGUGCAUAUAUAUUCUAUAGGAUAUAUGAGCCACGAUCCUCGAGGUCGCGUCAGGGGAAAACGCGUCUAUGGGGAUAAAUUGUCAAACUCCGGGGAUAUCCUAAAGGUUAAGGUACCAAGCUAUAGUCGAAAGGCUGUAAGUGGCUGA